CCCACUCCCCCUUCCGGGUCAGCUCCAGGCCUCCAAUACCACAAGUCCACAACUCCAGAACCCCAUUCCUUUCAUCAACACUCCCAAAUCACAAACCUAUAAAAUCCCCAAAAUUUUCACAGAAAGAAUUUCAAAGAAGAAAAAAUGGGGAAAAAUCAAGCUUACAAAGCGAUGCAGAGAGCGCGGUUGGGCUCGAGCUCGGCCGCUCCUGAAGAGAUCGAAGAUGGCAUGGUGGAUGGUUCUUUUCAUACACCAGAGUGGCAUGCUGCUCGUCUGGCGAGUCUCAAAACUUCUCACACCAUUACUUGGGAAGAAUUCAAAAAGAAGCAAAAGGAAGAAGAAAUCAAGAAGGGAGAGAUAGAAGCUGAUAAAGAUAAGAUGAUGAGGGAAUAUAGGGCUCAGCUGGAUGCUGAAAGGGCUAUCAAGCUUGCUAAAGGAAGAAACCACUCAAGCAGUAAACAUAGUCACAAAAAGGAUAAGAAAGACAAAGACUCAAAGAAACAUCGAAGCAAGAAGAGAAAGAGAUCUAGGAGAUCAUCCGACUACAGUUCUUCAAGUUCAUCAUCAGAAUCUUCUUCGAGUAGCGACGAGGAAGAUAGAGAAUCAAGGAAAAGCAGAUCAAAGUCAAAACGAAAGAAGAAAGAAAAGAAACACAGAUCAAGAUCGAAGCACAGUGAGAAUGAAGAGGGGGAGGGGCCGCUGCCACUAUCCAGAUUCUUUGGGAGUAUGAAAAGCUGAUGCUUCUUCUAAUUCAGCAGGAACAAAUUUAGGUUGUUCUGCAACAGUGGGUGCGGAAUGUUUUUAGGGGUUUCAAUCAGUCAGUCCUCUGUACACUUACAAAUGCUAAUGCUGUGUUUGCCAUCUCUUCUCCUAGACUAGAAGUUUUGUUCCCAUACUUACAGCAGCCAAAUCUAAAAUUUGUUCUCUAUUCCUCUGCAAUAUUAACAAUGUAAAAUGCGGUUCCAGAUUUUCAAGGAUUUAUGACUUUUAAAUUGCCGCCCCAAUUA